ACAGGACUACCUUUGCACAAUUUCACGAUGCGACGCAUGCAAGAUAAUGAUCAAUCAUUGUUACCAGGAGGAGAAACUACAGAACGUCAAUUAACAUUAGCUAUUUGGGCAACAGCUGGAAAAAUGCUGGAAUUUAAACCAUUACCUGGAUUUGAUCCUAAUCUUGAUAAUUUGCAACAUUAUCGUGCUCAGCAAGAAAUUGAUUGUGAUGAAGUAUACCCUGGAAUAUAUAUUGGCGAUGGAGUUACAGCACAAAACAAAAAAUAUCUUAAAAUGUUAGGUAUAACACAUUUAUUAAAUGCUGCUGAAGGAAAAAGAUAUGGAUUUGUGAAUACAGAUAGCAAUUAUUAUGCAGAUACAACGAUAAAAUAUCUUGGUUUGCAAGUUAUAGAUUUGCCUACUGCUGAUAUCAGUAAAUAUUUUUAUAUAGCAGCCAAUUUUAUUGAUGAGGCAGUAUCUAUUGGAGGUAAAGCUUUUAUACAUUGCAUGCAAGGUGUAUCUCGCAGUGCUACAUGUGUUCUCGCAUAUUUAAUGAUAAAGAAGAAUAUGUUGGCAACUGAUGCUAUACACUUAAUUCGUACAAAUCGUGAUGUUCAUCCAAAUAAUGGUUUUCUUCGGCAAUUAGCAGAGUUGGAUAAUCAUUUGCGUAAACAACGUUUACGAUUACAUUGAAUAUAUUCGAAAUUUCAGUGCUGUAAAUUAUACAAUAUCUAUUUUUCAUGAAAUAUUUAAAUAAAGAUUUAAUUAUAAAUAAAAUAUUUAAAUGAAGAGAAUACAAAAUAAGCACUUAUGAACAAGGCAUAAGAGACUAUUAAAAGUUUAGCCGUAAACUACAAAUUCAUAAAUUUUGUUUCAUGAAAAAAUGUAUUAUUCAAAUUAAAUUAAAUUAGUGUUUAUAAUUAAUAAGAUACUGCGCAAUGCGAUACAGAGCGAUUUUUAAGAAAUAUAUUUAUAAAUUAAUAGUCAAAGCAUAAUUAAUUAAAAGUCAAAAGAUCAACUUGACUCGCAAGUCUGUGUUUUAUUACAAAUUUUCAGGAUAUUUAUUAUACAUUUUUUUGAUUCUAUCGAAUAUUCUAUGUAAGGAAUAUAAGAAAGUUUCAUAAAAAUAUAUGC